AUGCUUGACUUUUUGAAGAAGAACUCGCACAAGGCGGACUCUGGCAGUGGCCAUCACACCCAGCAGGGUUACCGGACGGUAGCUUACUUUGUCAACUGGGCCGUCUACGGACGCAAGCACACUCCUCAGGAUCUGCCGGUUGAGAAACUAACCCAUGUUCUUUACUCUUUUGCCAAUGUGCGGCCCGAUAGUGGCGAGGUUUACAUGACGGAUGACUGGUCCGACACGGGAAUUCAUUACGAGGGCGACUCGUGGAAUGAUACGGGGAACAACAUGUACGGAUCCCUCAAGCAGCUUAACCUCCUUAAGAGGCGCAACCGCAACCUCAAGGUUCUCCUGUCCAUCGGUGGAUGGACGUACAGCGCCAACUUCAAGGCACCGGCCAGCACAUCGCAGGGACGCACGGCAUUUGCCAAGUCGGCCGUGGCCCUUCUCGAAAAGUUUGGCUUCGACGGAAUCGACAUUGACUGGGAGUACCCGCAGAACCCCAGCGAGGCGAGCGACUUUGUCUCCCUCCUCGAGGCUGUGCGGGCCGAGCUGGACGCUGCCGGACAGGGACGUGGCGGUCAUCACUUUGAGCUGACGGUGGCGUGCCCCGCCGGAUCGUCCAACUACACCAACAUGGACAUUCGCGGCAUGGACCGGUACCUGGACUUCUGGAACCUCAUGGCCUACGACUUUGCCGGGUCGUGGGACCAGGUGAGCGCGCACCAGGCCAAUCUGUACCCGAACCAGAAGCAGCCUGCCGCGACUCCCUUCUCAAUCACAGGCGCCGUCGACUACUAUCUUGGCCAGGGUAUCCGGCCAGACAAGAUGGUGAUCGGCAUGCCUCUGUACGGCCGGGCCUUUGAGAACACAGACGGCAUAGGCACACCUUUCCAGGGCAUCGGCGAAGGAACAUGGGAGCAGGGAGUCCACGACUACAAGAAGCUUCCGCUCCCGGGGUUCCGAGAGGUCCACGACAAGGAUGCCGGGGCGUCGUACUGCUUCAGUGCUGAGCAAAGGAAACUGGUAACGUACGACACGCCCGCCAUGGCUAGCGUCAAGACGGAGUAUAUCCGCGAAAAGGGGCUCGGAGGCGCCAUGUGGUGGGAGAGCAGUGCCGACAAACAGGGUGACGAGAGCCUCAUCACGAUUGUUGUCAACGGGUUCGGUGGUCCUGGUGGCUUGCUCAAGCAGGAUAACUGUAUCGAGUAUCCCAACUCGUCAUAUGACAAUCUGCGGAAUGGGUUCCCUGGAAACUGA